GGCCCAAGUCUUAGGCCCCACCCCGCCUCCAGUCUGAUCAUCUUCCCUGGCGGAAUCUGACCAACCAUGGUGAAUUUGGGCCUGUCCCGAGUGGAUGAUGCGGUGGCCGCCAAACACCCGGGUCUCGAGGAAUAUGCCGUGUGCCAGUCGAACGCCUUCAUGAAGGGCGUUUUCACCCUUGUCACAGGCACUGGUGCGACUUUUGGCCUGCAGCUGUUCAUUAAGCGGAAGUUUCCAUACCCUGUGCAGUGGAGCUUCCUGGUGGCUGCCGUUGUAGGAUCUGUGGCCAGCUACAGAGUGACCAGAACGGAGUCUCAGAAGUGCAGAGAUCUCUGGCUCUUCCUGGAGACAGGGCAACUCCCCAAAGACAUGAGCACAGAUCAUCCCAACUAGAAGAGCUCUGACUGCUGGGUGUGGAAGAGCUGAAGCAGGGAAAAUCCUGGACUUUGACACCAUCCAACUCCAGGCUGGUCCUUCCUACCUCACCAAACACACACACACACACACACACACACACACACACACACACACACACACACACACACACACACACGUGCACGAGCCCUUGAGUGUGUAUGGGCAGGCCGACCUGACAACUGUGAUGACCACCUGCUGCCCCAAAUCCAGGACCCGCCCAGGAGUCCAGUUCAGAAAAGGGCUUGAGAGGUGGGGGCGGGGGUCUCCUCCAGAGCAGCAAGAAGCCAGGAUAUCAGAAAGGGUUGUAUCCUGUUACACACAACUGUGGGGGUAGCAGCCUGCAAGUGGUGAAAAGACUUGUGUAUUUUCUCUGGUGCUUUGGGGUCCCUUGGGGACCUCUGUGCCCCAAGUUCAUGGAGAAUUGUGAAGGGGUGUGGCUAAUAAACAGCUUGUCCUUUUCCCA